AUGGGUCUCUCAAACAAAGGCGAUAGCAUAGUCGUAUUCACCCUCGUCACUUUCCUAUUCAUCUUCAUCUCCAUCUUUCUGAUUUAUGCCCCUCGUUGGGUAUAUCUCAAGAUCAAAAACCACAAGAAGACGCCUAGCCGCACAGAAAUGGGCAAUUGGUUCCAACAAGGAGUUAAUGCUACAGUCUCGAUAAUGAGAAGAAGAGAUAAAGUAGAACAAGAGGCUCGGACUCGGAGAACCAGAUUAGAAGAUAUUAUAGAAGAUAUUGAGAUGGGGGAUAUGUCAGAUACCUCAAGUCAGGGAAAGGUAGUUGUAACAUUACCGGAACGUGCUAGAGUAUCUGGAGGUAGGCAGGCUACCAGGAAUGAUAUAAAUGCUGGCGUUUAUAUUGUAAGGGGUUAA